AUGGAGAAGAAGUUGAAAUCGGUGCAACUGAAAAGGCAUCAAGCGGUCGAAUUGGUGAAAAGUAUAGAACAGUUUACGAUCGGCUACGUCGAGGAAAAUGCCAGUGAAAUACCAGUGUGUUUAGAACAACUAGAAAGGUAUUAUGAGGACUUCCUACAUGCAAAUGCGAAAGUGAUGGAACUCGAUGAGGAGGCCACAGAUGCGAGUGUAACUGAGCGGUGUGAUAUGGAUACACGGUAUCGUCGCGUUAAGGGCUUUCUUCUACGAAAGCAACCACCUCCUACGGCCGCGCAAAAUAUGUCGAAUGAGUCGAUGCUAUUAGCGAGCUCGACACUCAAUAGUUCGGGACGAUCAGGUGCAGUAAAUUUGCGGCUUCCAAAAAUCGAAUUGCCUACGUUCGAUGGCGAUUCCACCAAGUGGUUAACGUUCCGCGACCGAUUUGUGGCGAUGAUCGACAGUGCCAGUGAGAUACCGAAUAUAAUGAAGCUGCAGUAUCUGCUGUCCUCCUUGAAGGGCGAGGUUGGUUUGCUUUUCGAGCACACCACAUUGACAGCAGACAAUUACGAGGUGACGUGGGCUGCCUUGCUGAAGCGGUACGAUAAUCCACGUACGCUGAUCCGGGAAUACUAUCGGAAAAUUCAUCACCUGCCGGCAGUGAGCUGUGACAACGUGGACGAUUUGGCGCUGCUCGUCGAUGAAUUCACGCGGCAUGUGAACGGGCUGAAGAAGCUCGACGAACCGGUGGACACCUGGGACACGCCGCUCGCCAACCUGCUUCUGAUGAAGCUGGAUUCGUCGACCAUUCUGGCAUGGGAGAACCACUCAGCGCAACAUAAAAAAGAUAAGUACAAGGAAUUAGUAGACUUUUUGCAAGAUCGUGUACGAAUAUUAAAAUCAUCGCGCGAGUUUUCCAAUAACGGUGACGGCAGUUUGAGAAUGGUGGCCGGCAACAGAAGGGUCUCCGACCAUAGGCCGAGAAUUGUGGGCAAUGCUGCAACUGCAAGGAGAACUUCGCCGAAUGUUUCAGCUCAACAGUGUGUUUUGGGUUGUACAGAGCUUCACAAUCUGCGCAAUUGUCCUGCAUUCUUGCGAAAGGACGUACAGCAACGCCGUGAAGUAGCCACCCGUGAGCGACUGUGUUGGAACUGCCUCAAUCGCAGUCAUCAUGUGAGGGAUUGUCGUUCCGCGUUUAAAUGCACUACGUGCAACGCACGCCAUCACUCCUUGCUGCACGUAACGCCAAUUGUCACAAUGGUUGCGCAGUCGGAUGAUGAAGUGGUUCUGCUGGAAACAGUCCAACUACAACUGGUAGAUGAUCAUGGCAAUAAACAUACAGCACGAGCACUGUUAGAUUCCACGAGCACUGUUAGAUCGAUGUGCAACUUUAUCUCCGAAUCUAUGGCCCAUCGACUGUUGACACCGCUGUCCAAAGUAAGCAUUGCUGUAUCGGGUAUAGGGCAAAUCAAACAGCACGUGAAGGGUUCCAUCACAGCGACCGUUCGAUCGCUAGGAGAAGACUUCCAUUCGUCAAUGGAAUUUCUAGUGCUCAAGACUCCGUCAGCUGAAAUUCCAACCAUUCCCUUAAACAUUGCGAAAUGGAACAUCCCAAACGUACAGUUGGCAGACUCGUCUUUCCACGUUCCGGGAAAGGUCGAUGUUGUAAUUGGUGGAAACACGUUCUGGGAGAUACAUACUGGAAGAAAACAGUCAUUGGGUAACGGAAGGCCAUGGCUGAUAGAAACUGCGUUUGGAUGGGCGGUCUCGGGGAAUACUUCCCAACUUGCUGGCCCCAAUCUACGAUUGUGUCACACGGCCGCCAACGAAGGUGCCAUCGAACGCUUGCUCCAGCGGUUUUGGGAGGCUGAGAGUAUUAUGGAAGGUCCUGCCUUGUCAAUUGAGGAGGACAUGUGCGAAAAACAUUACGUAGCUACCACGAGCCGUAAUGCACAAGGUCGCUACAUUGUGUCUUUGCCGCGAAGCCCCAAACCUGAAAGAACGCUGGGUUUGUCAAAAGAGAUAGCAGAUCAUCGUUUACUGGGUGUAGAACGUCGACUGAAGGCCAAUCCUGAAAUGGAAAGGGAAUAUAUUAAAUUUAUGAGAGAGUAUGAGUCGUUGGGACACAUGAUCAAACUCACGGAACCCGUUGAUGACAACAAACCACAUUGCUACAUUCCUCAUCACGCGGUAGUCAAAGAGACCAGUACAACAACCAAGGUGCGUGUUGUUUUUGAUGCAUCCUGCAAAACAACAUCUGGCUACUCGCUAAACGAUACUCUGCUGAUUGGUCCAACAGUGCAGGAUGAUCUGCUUACAAUCAUCCUACGCUUUCGAAAACACGCUGUCGCAAUAGUGGCAGACGUAGAGAAAAUGUACCGGCAGAUUCGUCAUUGUGAAAACGAUCGAAAUCUAUUGCGCAUACGUUACCGUGAAUGUCCCUCCGAUCCCAUUUCCACGUAUGAGUUGCAAACGGUGACCUACGGUACCGCAACAGCACCAUUUCUAGCUACUCGAACACUACAACAAAUUGCGCACGACCACAAACAACAAUACCCUUUGGCAGUCGACCCAGUGCUACAUGACUUUUAUGUGGAUGAUUUGUUGACUGGAGCAGAAGAUGUAGUAGAGGCCGUUGGAAUGCGAACGCAAAUUUCGCAAAUGCUUGAAUCGGCAGGUUUCCUCUUGAAGAAGUGGGCAUCUAACGUCUCCGAAGCGGCGGAUGACAUCUCCCCGGCGGAUGACAUCUCGCGCGGGCUGAGUCCGGAAGAAUUGCUGCAGUGUACACCAACAUACUUGUAG